AUGUCCUACCGAUCGCAAGCGCACCCUUACACCUCCUCGACCCAAGCAGCGGUACCACCACCUGCACCACUUGCGACGAGUAGUGGUGAUCAGCACGCCCAGUCCAUUCAUCACCACCGCGCUCUCCCCUCGUCGUCGAGGCCGUCGCACCUGCCCACCCACACCCACACCCACACCCACACCCACACCCACCACCCCACCACCCCGCACCCGCACCGUUCCCGCUCACCUUCCCCGACCCCGCGUGACCGAGAUCGGGACUGGGUCGACGUUUACUCCCCCCACGAACAAGGUCUGCCCAUCUACAGCACCUCGUCCAAAUCGCACUCGAGCUACUCCGGCCACCACGCGGACUCCGACGCUCAGAUGCAAGUCGUCGAUUCGUCCACCGCGCGACGACGUGGAGGCGGAGCACCUUACGAAGGCGUCAAUUCCCACAUUGCCGGAGAGGAGGACGCUCAUCAAGGCAGUGAUUAUAGAGGGGAGAAUGAGCAUCAGUUCAACACCGGUCAUCGGGGUAGGAGCUCGAGUUAUGAUGGGGACAAGGGGGAGAAGAGCAUUUGGCCUACGUCGGGGAUUGGGAUUGAAGGGCAGGUCCAUGAGACGAUCGCACCGAGUGGCAAGAAGGAGUUUUAUUCAGCGAAUACGGCAGAGGGACAGAAGUGGAACCAGCUUAUUCCGGAGAGGACUCGAUCGUCGACUUGGGUCAGUGAGGGGGAUCAAAUUGAGAGGUUCGAGUCGUCAAAGAGCUGACCUGAAUUUUCUUUUACGGCGGUAAACAGGGAGGUGUCUUCAAGGAGGUCAUGCAGGAGCUCAAACCGCAUAUCCCACUUUUGGUCUACACGUUCCUCGCGCUCUUCACGCGUCUAUAUCGUAUCGGAGCCAACAACACGGUUGUCUGGGACGAGGUCAGUCGCUGCGCCGUGCACGGACUAACUUCGAUUGGCUUCCGUGCUGAAACUGGUUUUGAGCGGCAUAGGCCCACUUUGGAAAGUUUGGAGCCUACUACCUCAACCGAACAUUCUUCUUUGACGUGGGUUGAAAGAUGCCAAAACGCAUCCCACGAGCUCAAGCUGAAUGCUAGGCCGCUUGCACAUUCACCAGGUCCACCCACCGCUUGGCAAGAUGCUUGUCGGGCUCGCCGGCGCUUUGACGGGCUUCAAUGGCUCAUACGACUUCCCUUCUGGCGCGCCUUACCCGGAUCAUGUCCCCUACACCGCGAUGAGGGUCUUGUUGGCUCUGCCUGGUGUGGCGAUGGUCCCUCUCGCUUGGGGCACUGCGCUCGAAUUGCGCUUCUCUAGGUGGUCGACUCAUAUCGUCACAUUGAUGGUCCUCUGUGGUAGGUCAUGCUGGAAAGCUCGAGUAAACGUUCCGAGAUAAUUUGAUGCUAAUAUCGCCCAUCACCCCGAAUUGCAGAUCUCGCCUGGCUCGUCAUCAGUCGCUUCAUCCUCCUCGACUCGAUGUUGAUCUUCUUCACCUUCACGACCGUCUACUUCCUUGCUUGUUUCAACAACACCCAACGAAGACCGUUCGAAGAGGAGUGGUGGUUCUUUUUGACCAUGACGGGGAUCUCGAUUGGCUGUGUGGCGAGGUCAGUGGUGCUUGUCUUGAUCAGAGAGGAACAACAUGCACGACUUGCUGAGCACCUUGGUAUCCUUUGCACCCCGAUAGUGUCAAAUGGGUGGGCUUGUUCGUGACUGCGCUCGUCGGUAUCUACACCGCCGAAGAUCUCUGGAACAAGCUUGGCGAUCUCAGGAUGCCUCACGUGAGCGGCGCCCAUCCCCAGAAUUUCUGGCUCGAUUGCCGAAACUAACUAGCAAUUGCACCCCUUGACCACAGCGCACCUACGUCCGGCACUGGGUCGCGCGCGUGUUGUGCCUCAUCAUCGUCCCCUUCUGCGUCUACGCCCUCACGUUCAAGUUGCACUUCCUCAUCCUCAACCGAUCGGGAAGCGGCGAUUCGCAAAUGAGUUCGCUGUUUCAGGCCCACUUGGCGGGCAACGAUUUUGCGCAGAACCCUCUUGGUACGCCUUUACCCCAGUACUAUGACUUCGGUCAUUUUUCGAGCUGACCCAUUGGGCCCCUUACAGAGGCGGCUUAUGGCUCCAAGGUCACCCUCAAGAACAUGGGCUUCGGUGGAGGUCUCUUGCACUCGCACGUGCAAACCUACCCCGUCGGAUCGCAGCAACAACAAGUGACAUGCUACCACUACAAGGACGAGAACAACGAAUUCCUCAUCACCCCGACGUGGGAAGAACCCCCUCUCGACGAACACGAACCCCUGAGGUACCUCAAGAACGGCGAUGUGAUACGUUUGGUCCACGUUGCGACGGGUCGAAACUUGCAUUCGCAUCCUUUCGUUGCCCCCGUUUCGAAAUUGAACAACGAAGUCUCCUGCUACGGUAACGCGACCGUCGGCGACGUCAACGAUUAUUGGAUCAUCGAAGUCGUCGAUGACCUGGUGCAAGGCUCCAAGAACAAAGUCACGCGUGUGCAUUCCUUGUCGACGAGGCUGAGAUUCAAACAUCAGAACACGGGGUGUUAUCUCCGUGCGGCGAACGCCAUCUUGCCGCAGUGGGGGUUCAAGCAGGUUGAGGUGUCGUGCGAUAAGGCGAAUAAUCCGAAGGAUGAACAUACGUAUUGGAAUAUCGAGUCGCAUUGGAAUGAUCGAUGUGAGUUGUCGACGCCGUCAGCCUGAUUGUAUGCGAGGUAGACUAACUCGUCGGACUCGAUUUGCCACCACAGUACCCGCCGGUGACCAAAAACUUUACCGCUCGCCCUUUUUCCGCGAUUUCUGGCACCUCAACGUCGCCAUGAUGACCUCGAACAACGCGCUCGUCCCGGACCAAGACAAGGAAGACUCGAUCGCCUCCUCCCCCUUCGAAUGGCCCUACCUCUGGAACGGGAUGCGCAUGAACGGUUGGGGCGACGACUCGAUCAAGUACUACCUCGUCGGAAACGCCGUCGUCUGGUGGUUAUCCACCACGUCGUUGUUUGUGUUCAUUGGGGCAUUGUUUUGGCAUUUGAUGAGGUUCCAGAGGAAGAUUAAUGAUUUCGCUCCCGGCGAAUGGAAUCAUUUCCUCUAUGUUGGGAAGAUUGGGUUCGGGGGUUGGGUGCUUCACUAUAUUCCUUUCCUGAUUAUGGGCCGGGUCACGUAUCUGCAUCAUUACGUACGUAGGAGCGUCCCGGAGCUUACUGAACGAACGUCAGCUGACUCCCCAAUUUCCGCAUGACCCUCGCAGCUCCCGACCCUCUGGUUCUCGGUCAUACUCUUCGGCGGCUUGUUGGAUCACUUCGUCUUCAAAUCCCGUCGUCUGACCCAACGUACGAAAUGGAUCGUCUUCCUCACGGUCUGUGGUUCGGUCUUGUUCACGUUUUGGUGGUUUCAUGAGACCGCAUUCGGAAUCGAAGGGCCGGCGACGAAGCUUAAGUAUAGGACUUGGAGGAAGGUGAGAAAGGGGCUUGGGAUCAUCCGUGCGGUCGGUGAGACGAUUGCUGAUCAUUUACGUGUUUUCUUUUUUCGGACAGAGUUGGAAUUUGCGCGAUUGAUCGACUUCGUGCUCGGGUCGUUCUCUUCCGACCUUUGCUUCGAAAACCGCGUGUAUUUAAAACGGUCAGAAUUUAUAACCCCGAACCUCAACCGCGGCCGAGUCAGCUGUGCCUCCUGUUUGCCAAUUUCUUGUACCCCUCGGACGACGCAAUGUGAUGAAUCGAAGGUUGUUACAUCAUGUGGGAAAGGGGAUGGCGGACUUGUACUCACUCGGAGCUGA